AUGGACGCGCCGCGGCGAAGCGGCGACCUGGCAGGGGACGUCGGCACGAGCGCUGGCCGUCGCACAGACGCCGACGCGGUGCCGCGAGGGCCGCCGGCGGCUGGCGACCCGCGCCUCCCGCCGACGCACCCCGUCAACCUGCGCAAGCAGGUGAACCUGACCCUCGACCCGUCGUUCUCGGUCAAGAGCUACAUUGGCGCCGCCUCGACGCUGCUGGAGAAGGCGCAGAUGGCGGAUGCGCAGGGCAACAUGGUCUCUGCGUUUGUACACUACCUCACGACGGCCAGCGUCGCCUCGUUCGUGCCGAAGCACCCCGAGUGGGCGUCGGUCAAGCAGCAGCGAGGGCCCACGUUCCUCGCGUACCAGGAGCUGAUGAACCGCACGCCGUACAUUGUGGAACGCGCGCAGGCCAUGGAGCAGGAGCUCAAGGCGCGCGCGGAGCAGGAGAUCCAGCAGGCCACCGACCGCCACGAGGAGGCCCGGCGCCGCGAGCCUGAGCGCGCCGAGAGCGCGCCGUCGGAGCCGGCGCCGGCGCCCGCCAAGCCGCCGCGGCCCGCCGGCCCCGUGGUGUCGGUCGAGGACCUGUGGUCGUACAUGUACCCUGGCUUUGACAAGACGACCGACGCGGCCGGGAACGAGCUCCUCGUCAAGCGUUCGGGGCUCUCGCUCCUGCUCCUCGACGUGCGGCCGCGCCUUCAGCACGAUGCCGGGCACAUCCGCGGCGCAGAUACAGUCUGUGUCGAUCCCGGCCGGCUGCCCGCGCCGCCCGUCACGGCGGCCGAGCUGCAGGCGCUCCUGCCUCCGCCCGAGGCGGCGCUGUGGGCCCGGCGCGCGCAGUACGACGUCCUGGUCCUGUACGACCAGCGCACACGCGCACUGGCGACGCCGGGCAAUGCGACGCCGGAGCAGGUGCACCUCGAUACCAUCCUGCGCGCGCUCGAGGCGGAUGGGCUGCACACGCCUGUGCUCCUGCGUGGCGGCUUCGAGUCGUGGGCGCGCCAGGUCGGCGAGGCGGGCGUUGUCGCGACGAGUGGCCCGGCCGGCGAGGAAGCGCUCGCGGCCGUGCGGCACGCGCGCCUCGCUGGUCUCCCGGGCCUGCGGCCCGUCGCGUCCGCGCAUGUGCCGCCGCGCGUCCCGCCGCGCGCGUACCAGGGCAGCAGCGAGGCGCUGCCGCCCGCGCUCGUGAGCGGGCGGCGCGACUACCCGGCGGUGCCUACGCCGGCCUCUGGGCCGGGACCCACGUCGCUCGCGCCGCCGCCGCCGGCUGUGGCGCCGCGCGUCGUGCCUGAUGCGGGCGCGACUGUGUGGCGGGACGCAGCGCCGACCUUUCCGCGUGCGCGCGACAUCAAAAUUGGGCUUACGGGCCUGAAGAACUUUGGCAACACGUGCUACAUGAAUGCGACGAUCCAGUGCCUGAGCGCGACGGUGCUGCUGUCGCAGUACCUGCUGGACGGCACGUACAAAACGGCGAUCAAUACCCAGAACCCGCUCGGGACGCGUGGCGCCCUCGCCGAUGCGCUGGCGCAGCUGCUGCGCACGAUCUGGUCGGAGCAGUACGCGAGUGUGGCGCCGACGGCGUUCCGCGAGGCGAUCGGGCGCUUCGCGCCGCUCUUCCAGAGCCACGAGCAGCAGGACAGCCAAGAGUUUCUCACGUUCCUGCUCGAUGGGCUGCACGAGGACCUGAACCGCGUGCUACAGCGUCCGCCGGCGCUGGAGCUCGGCGAGACGCAGCAGGCGGAGCUGAACCGCCUGCCGCCGCAGCUCGCGAGCGUCGUCGAGUGGGGUCUGUACCGCCGGCGGAACGACAGCGUGGUCGUCGACGCGUUCCAGGGGCAGCUGCGGAACCAGCUGACGUGCCUCACAUGCGGUCACACGUCGACCACGUACAAUGCGUUCAUGUCGCUCUCGCUGCCGGUGCCGGCGGGGCGCGGCAUGUCGCAGGUGGCGCUCAGCCAGUGCCUCGACGCGUUUGUGCGCGAGGAGGUGCUCGAAAAGGGCAACGCAUGGCACUGCCCCCAGUGCAAAAAGCCGCGGCGCUCGACGAAGCGACUGAGCCUCGCGCGGCUGCCGCCCGUCCUGCUCGUCCACCUGAAGCGGUUCACGUACCGCGGCCCCGUGUCGAACAAGAUCGACACGCGCGUCGUAUUCCCUACCGAGUCACUCGACCUCUCGAACUACAUGCCGCCGCCGCUGCCGCCCGGCUCGUCCGCGCGGGGUGUGUCGGCGAGCGAGAGCCAGCGCCCGCCGUACCUGUACGACCUGUACGGCGUGACGCACCACUUCGGCACCCUCACGUCCGGCCACUAUACCGCAUCGGUGCGCACCCAGGGCCUGUGGUACUACUGCGACGACCAGCGCAUCACGCCCGGCGACGCACAGAUCCACACCGCCUCGCCGUACAUGCUCUUCUUCCGGCGCCGCCCCCCAUAG